ACGCACCAACACGGAAGAUGUGACGUUGCACUGCUGAAUGGAUGAACUGAAACUCUUAUUCUGGAGGACUGACAUUGAGUCUUUAUAAAACUUUCUACGGAUCGUACAGUAAUUUAAAAGAGUUAGUAAAUUUGACAAUGGCCGGUUCUAGCGUGGACGCGACAACGUUGUGCCUGUUUGAUGUGGACGGGACUUUAACCGCAGCUCGCCAGAAAGCAACUCCUGACAUGCAUCAGUUCUUGAGUGAACUGAGAAAGCGAGUGAGAGUCGGGGUGGUCGGAGGAUCAGACCUGGACAAAAUUAAAGAACAGUUGGGUGAUGAUGUGAUUGAUAGAGUGGAUUAUGUGUUUGCUGAGAACGGUUUGGUAGCAUACAGGUUUGGGCAGCUGCACUCUAUACAGAAUAUUCAGGCAUAUUUGGGAGAAGAGGUUUUACAGGAUUUCAUCAAUUUCUGCCUCAACUAUCUUUCAAAGAUAAAACUGCCCAAGAAAAGAGGCACAUUUAUUGAAUUCCGUAACGGAAUGCUGAAUGUCUCUCCGAUUGGUCGAAGCUGCAGCCAAGAGGAAAGAAUUGAAUUCUUUGAACUUGAUAAGAAGGAGAAAAUCAGAGAAAAGUUUGUCUCCAUUUUAAGAGAAGAGUUUGCUGGGAAAGGACUGGCUUUUUCCAUUGGUGGGCAGAUCAGCUUUGACGUGUUUCCAGAAGGCUGGGAUAAGCGCUAUUGUCUGGGAAUUGUAGAGAAAGACUCGUACCAGCACAUUCAUUUCUUUGGAGACAAAACAAUGCCUGGUGGAAAUGAUUAUGAAAUAUUUGUAGACCCCAGAACAGUCGGUCAUGAGGUCAAGUCACCUGAAGACACACAGAGGAUCUGCAAGGAGCUCUUCUUCAAGUAAUAACCUCGGCUUUCCUGAAUGAAGACCACAAACUCCAUGAACUGUGAAAUUAUGAAUAGAAGUCUCACUUGACAUGUAAACACCAUUACCGUCUUUGUGUAAUUCAAUCAUUGUACCUCAUGACAGGUACUGUUAAACCUGCACAUUCAGUACAUGUGUAUGUGUUCAUUAAUCAUUAUGUAAACAUUAUUUUCAGGUUUAAGGAACUGACUGGUGCUAGCAUUAUGUCUGAACUUCUGUGCCUUAAAUCAUGUCAAUACUGGAAAUAUACACUAUAAACUGUUAUUUUGUUAUGAAACACUUUCAAAUGAAAAGACAAA